AAUCCCUAAAACCCUAAACCCUCUUUUUACAUCACUCCCAUCAUCAUAUGAAUUCAUUUAAAUUUAAAUAUAAAUAAAUAAAAAUAAAAAAAGUAUGAUGAAAUCAUUAAUAUUUCCAACAACAAAAACAGCUGCAUCAAUAAUAAUCCCAAAUCUUAUUACAAAUACAUAUAAACCAUUAUCUUUAAUUCCCAAUUCUAUACCUUUUAAAAACCCUAAUUUUCUCAGAGGACUACAUUCUUUUAAAUCAUCAUCAUCUGUUUGUCGUUCUUCGCCGAAUAACACCGAUGAAACCGGACAAACCGGAGGCGAGGUUCAUGUAAUUGUGGGCCCUAUGUUUGCUGGAAAAACUACCACUUUGCUCCGCCGCAUUCAAUCCGAAAGCUCUAAUGGCAGGUUUGAUUAUCAAUGUGGUAAAAGAAUUCAUUCACAAAUGAUUAUAGCUGGUUUUGUUCCCAACGAGUAUCUGAAGAUCAAGUUGUUAAUAUUAUAUGCAAAAUCAGGAGAUCUUGUUACAGCUAAUAUGAUAUUCAAGAAUUUAGUCACACCAAACGUGAUUUCAUGGAAUGCCAUGAUUGCUGGGUAUGUGCAAAAAGGUCUUGAAGAAGCGGGAUUAAAUCUAUAUUAUAAAUUGAGACAAAAUGGCUUAACGCCAGAUCAGUUCACCUUUGCCUCGGUUUUUAGGGCCUGUGCCACCCUAGCAAUGUUAGAGCAGGGUAAGCGAGCCCAUGGUGUUCUAAUAAAGAACCAUAUAAAUGGCAAUGUUGUAGUUAACAGUGCUCUUAUUGAUAUGUAUUUCAAGUGUAGCUGUCCAUGUGAUGGGAAUUUAGUAUUUGAUAAGGCUUUGGAUAAAAAUGUUAUUACUUGGACCUCUUUGAUAUUGGGUUAUGGGCAAAAUGGAAAAGUCAAAGAGGUCUUGGAUGCUUUCCAUAGGAUGAUUAAUGAAGGAUUUAAGCCCAACAGUGUCACAUUUCUUGCAGUUCUUUUUGCUUGUAGCCAUGGAGGUUUGGUUGAAGAGGUGACACAUGACGGGGAAAAGCUACCAUGUUGGCCACUUGAAGCUUUAUCAUCAUUCAAAGAAAGAAUUGGUCUCGAAGCUUAUCACAAGCUAGAGGUAAUUGGAAUCGAUGAGGCCCAGUUUUUUGACGACCUGCAUGAUUUUUGCAUUAAAGCUGCUGACCAUGAUGGUAAAACUGUUAUUGUUGCUGGCUUGGAUGGCGACUAUCUAAGGAGGAGUUUUGGAGUGCUUGAUAUUAUACCAAUUGCAGAGUCUAUAACUAAGUUGAAGGCAAGAUGUGAGCUGUGUGGUAAGCCUGCUUCCUUUACCUUGAGAAAGACAGAGGAAACAGAGAGAGAACUGGUUGCUGGUGCAGACGUGUACAUGCCAGUUUGUAGAACACACUAUGCAAGUGGUCAAGUGGUCAAAGAGGCUGCAAGAACUGUUCUUGAGACACAGAAGAUUCGGUGUGGCUCAGGGUUAUAAAUCUUUGGAUCCCACUCUUUAAACAUCAAAACUGUUAAUUUGCAUUUGUACACUAGAAGCUAUUUACUCACACUUUGUAGGAUGUCUUACAUUGUUGUGUAACUAAUGGAGUUCAUAUUAGGAAUGAUGUUUAUGUGGUGUUUCAUUUGAAGCAUGCCACAUUGUUAGAAAUGUAGCCUGAUUUUCUA